CCGGAAGUUUUUCUCUUGGUUGAAGCGCGCACCUUGAGUCGGCUUUGCUACUUCUUCCUAUAGGCUUUCUGCUGAUCAUGUCCUCCAAGAAGAACAGAAAGCGGCUGAACCAAAGCGCGGAAAAUGGUUCGCCCUUGCCGUCUGCUGCUUCCUCUUGUGCGGGGGCACGGACUCCUUCUGCUGGGUCAGACUUCGUGGCGGCCGCCGGGACUCUGACAGUGACCAACUUCUUAGAAAAGGUAGAUGACAAAAUUCCUAAAACAUUCCAGAAUUCCCUUAUUCAUCUUGGACUCAACACUAUGAAGUCUGCAAAUAUAUGUAUAGGUCGACCAGUGUUGCUUACUAGUUUGAAUGGAAAGCAAGAGGUCUAUACAGCCUGGCCUAUCGCAGGAUUUCCUGGAGGCAAGGUUGGCCUGAAUGAAGUGGCACAGAAGAAUGUGGGUGUGAGGCCUGGUGAUGCCAUCCAGGUCCAGCCUCUUGUGGGUGCUGUGCUACAGGCUGAGGAAAUGGAUGUGGCACUGAGUGACAAAGAUAUGGAAAUUAAUGAAGAAGAACUGACUGAUUGUAUCCUGAGAAAACUAGAUGGCAAGAUUAUUUUACCAGGCAACUUUCUGUAUUGUACAUUUUAUGGACGACCAUGCAAGUUGCAAGUAUUGCGAGUGAAAGGGGCAGAUGGCAUGAUAUUGGGAGGGCCUCAGAAUGACACCGAUGCCCAAAGAAUGGCCUUUGAACAGUCCAGCAUGGAAACCAGUAGCCUGGAGUUAUCCUUACAGCUAAGCCAGUUAGAUCUGGAGGAGACCCGGAUCCCAUCAUUGAGAAGUACUCCUUGUAAACCAGUUGAUGAGAGAAUUAUAAAUAAAACCAGUGAUGUUUUGUUGGAUGUUACACAGAGCCCUGGAGAUGACAGUGGAGUUGUGCUAGAGGAAGUCACAGGUCUUAAAUGUAGUUCUGAAUCUGCCAGAGAAGGAAAUGAUCAACUUAUCAAAGAAGAAAGACUGCUAAAGUUCAGCAUGGGAGCGAAAUGCAAUACUGAUACCUUUUAUUUUAUUUCUUCAACAACAAGAGUCAAUUUUACAGAGAUUGAUAAAAAUUCAAAAGAGCAAGACAACCAAUUCAAAGUAACUUAUGACAUGAUAGGAGGCUUAAGUAGUCAGCUGAAAGCAAUUCGAGAAAUGAUUGAAUUGCCCCUCAAACAGCCGGAACUUUUCAAGAGUUAUGGAAUUCCUGCCCCUAGAGGAGUGUUACUUUAUGGCCCUCCAGGCACUGGAAAGACAAUGAUCGCCAGGGCUGUGGCUAAUGAAGUUGGAGCCUAUGUUUCUGUAAUCAAUGGUCCUGAAAUUAUAAGCAAAUUCUAUGGUGAGACUGAAGCAAAGUUACGUCAGAUAUUUGCUGAAGCCACUCUACGGCACCCAUCAAUUAUUUUUAUUGAUGAGCUGGAUGCACUUUGUCCAAAAAGAGAGGGAGCUCAGAAUGAAGUGGAGAAAAGAGUUGUGGCUUCACUCUUAACACUAAUGGAUGGCAUUGGUUCGGAAGGAAGUGAAGGACAAGUGUUGGUCCUUGGGGCCACAAAUCGCCCUCACGCUUUGGAUUCUGCACUCCGAAGACCUGGGCGAUUUGAUAAAGAGAUUGAGAUUGGAGUUCCCAAUGCUCAGGACCGGCUAGAUAUUCUCCAGAAACUGCUUCGAAGGGUACCCCAUUUGCUCACUGAGGCUGAACUGCUGCAGCUGGCAAAUAGUGCUCAUGGAUAUGUUGGAGCUGACUUGAAAGUCUUGUGUAAUGAAGCAGGUCUCUGUGCCUUGCGGAGAAUCCUGAGAAAACAACCUAACCUCCCUGAUGACAAGGUAGCUGGACUGGUGAAGAUUACUCUGAAUGAUUUCUUGCAGGGAAUGAAUGAUAUCAGACCCAGUGCCAUGAGGGAAGUAGCAAUCGAUGUCCCAAAUGUAUCCUGGUCAGAUAUAGGAGGACUGGAAAAUAUCAAACUGAAGUUGAAACAGGCUGUGGAAUGGCCCUUAAAACAUCCAGAGUCUUUCAUUCGAAUGGGUAUUCAGCCACCUAAAGGAGUUCUUCUGUAUGGGCCACCUGGGUGUUCUAAAACAAUGAUAGCAAAGGCUUUGGCCAAUGAGAGUGGACUGAAUUUUCUAGCUAUAAAGGGGCCUGAAUUAAUGAAUAAAUAUGUUGGUGAAUCUGAAAGAGCAGUUAGAGAGACCUUCCGAAAAGCAAGAGCAGUGGCGCCUUCCAUUAUCUUCUUUGAUGAACUUGAUGCCUUAGCAGUUGAAAGGGGCAGCUCUUUAGGUGCUGGGAAUGUAGCUGAUCGUGUUUUGGCUCAGCUCUUAACAGAAAUGGAUGGGAUUGAACAGCUAAAGGAUGUGACCAUUUUGGCAGCUACUAAUCGCCCAGAUAGAAUAGACAAGGGUUGUCACGAGAAAACAAGUCCUGUUGGUCUCCUACCUCAUUUCCUCCCCAUAAGGAGAAUGAGGAAUGCCUCCUUAAUCUUAAAGGGCUGCCUAAGGUCACAGAUCUGUCUUCUGUAAGUGCCUCCUGCUGAUUUUAUGACAUAGGCUCUGCCUAGCAUGGGAGGAGUAAACUCUGGAUAACUGAUCUAAAAGGCCCAACGGCAGAUUGUUUUCAUUUUCUGGGUCAGAUGAUAAGAUGGGUUGGAAGCCUUGUGCCAGCAUCAUCUUUAUGUAGACUUUAAAAGAUAUAAACUUUACUAGGAGGUUAAACAAGAAAAUUGGAAGAGAAAAGUUAAUGCUCCCAUGCCCACUUACAUCAUCACAUUAUUUAUCUGUGUGUUUGUGAAAUAAUAGCUUUAAGUAUUCUAGAGUUUUGUAAGUAUUGCUCAUGGUGUCUUCCUCUUAUGCCUGCAGGGACUUACAAGAAAUAGGUUUAAUCCUGGACAGGUGUGCCCAGCUAGUGAUUAUCUGAUGUUUAACAGCAGUGGAGGCCCUUAACAAUGCCUGAUAGAGGUCCUUCUGUUUUUAGUUGUAAUUGAUCAUCAGGGGAUCUUUAAGUUUUCAGUAAGACUAAGUCUGGCUAAACAGGGGCUAUUUUUUUCUUUGUGGGAGAGGGCAACACCCUAUUUUCAUAAUUCUGUAAGGCCUUUUGAACCUAGCCUAAAUUCUAAGGGCAGGUGUGGCAUAGUGAAGCAUGUCCAGCCCCUCCCUAUUUCCCAUCAUGUUCUGAAUUAGUUUUUUUUAGGUUUAUAUGGGAUUUCCUUUGGCCAGGGAACUCAUAAGUCAAAAGACUUAUAACCAGUUAAACAUUUUAGGCAGAGGGGAAUGGAGGUGGCUUAAAACUCUUUUAAACAAUAUAGUAGUCAAAUAUUAAAAGCCAAAAAUAAGGCUAUAUAUCAAGAAAAACCAAGAGCAUAGAAUCAAGCUAUACUGGGGGAAAACAGUGCUCCCAUAGACCUCUAAGGCAAAACACUUUAGUAUCAGGCCAUAACAGCAGUCAGAACCAGAGGAGAAACAAGUCACGGGAGCUGA